AUGUUCCCGUUUAGAUACGAUGUGCACUUGCCUCUCAUUUUGCGUAAACAGAGGGGGAGAGAGGCCAGGAGCGCAGCGCAAGCGGCCGAGGAUGACACGGCAGCUAGGGGAUACCAGGAGAACAAGGCAGUCGACUACGUGCGAGCCGUCCAGGGUAGAGCCAAAGAUUACUCAAUCGACGAGGACUGCAAAGAAGAAGAAGAACGCGCUAACGGCGGAGAUGCGGGCGCCGUCGAUGUUGUGGUCAACGCGGACGAUGUGGACGCUGUGGACAAUGUGAACGACAGACGAUGCAGACACAGAAGCCGUGGAAUACGACGACGCAGACACAGAGGCCGUGGACGACGAUGCGGAACACAGAAGCCGUGGAAGACGACGACGCAGACACAGAGACCGUGA